GCUCUCGUGUUCUUUAAUCAAUGUGUGUGUCUUUGUAUUGCAGUGCCUAUUGUGAGGUGGCGCAGUGUGCGCUGCGCAGCGGUCAGACGCCCCCUGAGCUCAAGUCUUUUAGCUCUCUGGCAGGCUUCCAGGCAGCUCCCCGAGAUGCAGGACAGUGUUUUAGUAUCACCACCAAGUUGGAGCGCGCUCUGGAGAAAGUGGCGCCCCUGCUGAGAGAGAUUUUUGUGGACUUUGCGCCCUUUCUCUCCAGGACGCUGCUGGGUAGCCAUGGGCAGGAACUGCUCAUAGAAGGUACAGGUCUGGUGUGCAUGAAGUCUAGCACGUCUGUGGUGGAGCUCGUAAUGCUGCUCUGUUCUCAGGAGUGGCAAAACUCCAUCCAGAAGAACGCAGGAUUGGCCUUCAUUGAGCUCAUCAACGAGGGAAGACUCCUGUGCCACGCCAUGAAGGAUCAUAUUGUACGUGUUGCCAACGAAGCAGAGUUCAUCCUAAACAGACAGAGGGCAGAGGAUGUACACAAACACGCUGAAUUUGAGGCUAACUGUGCCCAGUACGCUGCGGACCGGAGAGAGGAGGAGAAAAUGUGUGAUCACCUCAUCAGCGCAGCCAAGCACAGAGAUCAUGUGACCGCUAACCAGCUGAAACAGAAGAUCCUCAACAUCCUGACCAAUAAGCAUGGAGCGUGGGGGACAAUGUCACAGAGCCAAUUACACGACUUCUGGCGUCUAGACUACUGGGAGGAUGACCUUAGGAGAAGACGGAGAUUUGUGCGAAACGCGUCUGGAUCCACUCACGCAGACGUGUCCCUUAAAGCUCUGGAGGAAUACAGUACAGAAGAAGAAGAGGAGGAGCUAAAGUCGAAGAAAACCUUCCGCAGCCAAUCAGUGGUCGCCCAGAACCCAGAGGCGGAGCUUAUGCUGGAGGGAGACGAUGACGCCGUCAGCCUGCUGCAGGAAAAAGAGAUUGAUAACCUCGCUGGCCCCGUGGUUCUGAGUACACCGGCUCAGUUGGUAGCUCCAGUAGUGGUGGCUCGAGGCACUUUAUCCAUCACCACCACUGAGAUCUACUUUGAGGUGGAUGAAGAGGACCCUACAUUCAAGUCAACUGAUGCUAAAGUACUGGCCUACUCGGAGGGUCUGCACGGUAAAUGGAUGUUCAGUGAGAUCAGAGCCGUGUUCUCCAGACGAUACCUACUGCAGAACACCGGACUAGAAGUCUUUAUGGCCAACAGAACGUCUGUGAUGUUUAACUUCCCUGACCCGGCCACAGUCAAGCGAGUGGUCUACAGUCUCCCCCGGGUUGGGGUAGGAACGAGUUACGGCCUGCCACAAGCCAGGCGGAUUUCUUUGGCUACCCCUCGUCAGCUCUUCAAGUCGUCCAACAUGACGCAGCGCUGGCAGAGAAGAGAGAUCUCUAACUUUGAGUACCUCAUGUUCCUCAACACUAUUGCAGAGGAUCAGAACAUUCACAGUCCAAUCGGUGCACUGAAUCCCAAGCGAGCAGCGUUUUAUGCCGAACGCUUCGAGACGUGGGACGACGACAGCACGCCUCCUCACCACUACACCACCAUGUACUCCACCGCUCAUUCCACACUGAUGUGGAUGCUCAGAAUAGAGCCCUUUACCACGUUUUUCCUCAACGCUAACGAUAACAAGUUCGACCAUCCGGAGAGAGCCUUCUCUGGCAUCGGCUGCUCGUGGAGGAACUGCCAGAGGGACACAGCUGAUGUCAAGGAGCUGAUCCCAGAGUUCUACUACUUGCCUGAGAUGUUUGUGAACAGUAAUGAGUACGAGCUCGGGGUGCGUGAAGAUGGAAUUUCUGUGUGUGACGUGGAGCUUCCUGCUUGGGCCAAGAAACCCGAGGACUUUGUCCGCAUUAACCGUAUGGCGUUGGAGAGCGAGUUUGUGUCCUGCCAGCUUCACCAGUGGAUCGAUUUAAUAUUCGGCUACAAGCAGCGGGGGCCAGAAGCAGUGAGAUCCCUCAACGUGUUCAACUUCUUGUCCUACGAGGGAUCAAUCAACCUAGAAAAUGCAGAUGCUGUGCAACGCGAGGGGAUUGAGUCCCAGAUCCAGGCGUGUGGGCAGAUCCCCUCCCAGCUGCUGAUCGAGCCCCACCCACCUCGCUCCUCGGCCAUGCACCUGUGUUUCCUUCCCCAGAGCCCGCUGAUGUUUAAGGAUCAGAUGCAGCAGGAUGUCAUCAUGGUGCUCAAGUUCCCCUCCAACUCGCCCGUCACCCACGUGGCGGCCAACACGCUCCCCCACCUCAGCAUCCCAGCAGCCGUCACCGUCACAUGUAGCCGGCUGUUUGCCGUCAACCGCUGGCACAACACAGUCGGCCUCCGUGGAGCUCCGGGAUAUUCCCUGGAGCAGGCUCAUCAUCUGCCCAUUGAGAUGGACCCUCUCAUAGCCAACAACUCAGGCGUGAACAAGCGUCAGAUCACUGACCUCGUGGACCAGAGCAUCCAAAUCAACACACACUGUUUCGUGGUUACCGCCGACAACCGCUACAUCCUGGUCUGCGGCUUCUGGGACAAGAGCUUCCGUGUUUACUCCACUGAGACGGGAAAGCUGACCCAGAUAGUUUUCGGCCACUGGGAUGUGGUGACAUGUCUCGCCAGAUCAGAGUCCUACAUCGGAGGUGACUGCUACAUCGUGUCGGGCUCCAGAGACGCCACUCUUCUUUUGUGGUACUGGAGUGGACGACACCACAUUAUCGGGGACAACCCUAACAACAGUGACUACCCCGCUCCCAGGGCCGUACUGACAGGACACGACCAUGAAGUGGUGUGUGUGUCCGUCUGUGCAGAGCUGGGACUGGUCAUCAGUGGAGCUAAAGAGGGCCCAUGCCUGGUCCACACCAUCACAGGGGACCUUCUUCGGGCCCUGGAGGGACCAGAGCUGUGUCAGCGGCCCCGCCUCAUCUCAGUGUCCAGCGAGGGCCACUGCAUCAUCUACUAUGACAGAGGCCACUUCUGCAACUUCAGCAUAAAUGGAAAACUCCUGGCACAAAUGGAGGUCAAUGACUCCACGCGGGCGAUCCUGUUGAGCAGCGACGGACAGAACUUGGUGACAGGAGGCGAUAACGGAGUUGUGGAAGUGUGGCAGGCGUGCGACUUCAAACAGCUGUACAUCUAUCCAGGCUGUGAUGCAGGCAUCCGUGCCAUGGACCUCUCACAUGACCAGAGGACUCUGAUCACUGGCAUGGCAUCCGGAAGCAUUGUGGCAUUCAACAUAGACUUCAACCGCUGGCACUACGAGCACCAGAACAGGUACUGAGGUGGACAGCAUGAGGAUGGGAAGGAUAGGGAGACGAGAGAAGAACAAAGAGAGGAGGUGAAGCAUUCUGCUGUGUAUCUGCGACACGGGGAAACUGAAGGUACAGAGGGGAAGGAAAAGCAAGUGCCAGCUCUAAUCCCUUGUGAAGUUUACUUGAUUUGAGGAUGCUACAGCGCUGGUGGAAAUAACUCCCUCUGUGCAUACGUGUACGUACACAUACGUGUGUAACCACAGACACAUAGUACCCCGAAGAUACACACCAAAACCUGCUCAUAAAAUAGACUGCAGAAUGGGGGAAAGUCAAGCAGACCUUGUAGAGGUCGUUCAUACCCGUACCACUCGCUGGACUGCUGCAGUUGCUGUUCCUGGUACGCUUCAUGCUUUAUAGACAAAGAACUUAAGUUUUGGUUUUCUUGUGUUUUUCUUCUCUAUCAAUUUUGUUCUUUACUUUUCCUUUGAUGGGAGUUCAGUCAAAUAAUGAUUUGGGUGGACUGUAAAUUAAGACUCCUUCAAUGUGUCUCAACUGAUUAGAAAUGGUUAGAAAUUAUCCAGCCCCGCCCACUCUUCAGAAAAAACGGUGCUAUUGGCUUGAUCUUAAAAUUCACCCUUGAAAAAAUGUCUGGGGUUAUGAUUAUAUUUUAUCUGGAUUUAUUUUAUUUUAUAAUGUUAAUUUGAUGUUAUUUUAUUUUCCCUGCAGCAGGGUUAAGUCUGAUUCUUAUGUAAAUAAGGUUCUGCUUCCUUCAGAGCCAACACGUGUUCUUUCACUACACAAACUGCGCUUAUCACCUUUAAUUUAUUAAUGACUUGCUGUAUGUAAAAUAUUGUGUAAUAAUUAUUAUAAUGUUGACAAGAUUGAUGAUGAUAACGGCAGUGUCAAGGAUGGUGAUUAUUUUGCCGGAGAUGGUAAUGAUAAAGAGAUCUUGCCAGUGCCACCAAGGAUGACAACCACGAGACUGAGAUGAUUUCCUUUGUAUAUUUGGUGAUUGUUUUGUCAAAUAUGUACAUAAAGUCUUGGUUCAGGCUCGGCGGGAGACCUAAUCAGCUGAAUAAGAUUGAAAGCGCAAAGGAAACCUUCACUUACCCACAUUUGUUGAUUAUUUAAAAGAAGAGAAUCAAAUCAAUGUAAAAGUUUGUUUUGUAUUUGCACUUUGCACCAAUCACAUAUCAUUAUUUAUUAGCUUGGUUCUUUCUGGUCGGCUGCCAUUUUGUUUAGGUCCAUUUCCCCUUCGGGAUUAUUUGUGCAUUGAUGUUUGUAUUUAAAGCGUUGAGCUCAUGUGUGAUUAUUAGGUUUUACAACCUCACAGUUGUAAGCAAUAUCAUGAUUCUGUAGCUGAUAGAGGUGGAAAGGAGUGAGGAGAGGGGAUGAAAUGUGAGAGGUACUGUAUGUGUGAAGCCAUCUUGAUCAAAUGCGCACAUGCACAUACUCUAUCGACAGGUUCAACUUACGUAU